CAAGGAUCUGAUGAACAAGAAUAAGAAGCUGGACGACAAGACUGUACUGUGUCAGACUCCUAGUAAAGACCUAGCAGCUAGCCUGGCCAAACAGGAGAGUAAAUAUCAAAGUCGGGUCCACGAACUGGAGGAAAAACAUGUUCGCUUCAAUCACGACUAGUCGUGCCAAUCUUGCCUGCUGCACCCGAUGUGGUCAGUGCAACCGCUGACGCUAACCGUCUAGUAGACAGCUUCCCCACAUUUGGUGAGGAGCUCAUGUACUAUAUUCGGUCUCGUGUACAUAUGCCUAUGAGGCUACGGUGUGAAUUGCUGCAAAUAAUGGAACAAUCCGACGCUAUUGUCCGUAGUCUGCAAGUAUUGUCCGUCAAUUUGCAGUUUUCUGUGAAGGAAGUUGUGGAUAAACUAGUCAUAUUCGCCGACGAACAUUUUUCUAAUUACAGUUGGAACAGCACUCUAAGCCGUAGUUGUUACUGCCGCAUGAGUUCUCGUUAUUGUUUGUACGAGAAUGUUUGCGCAAAUCAAACCUUGUUUGAACACCUCAAACUGCAUCUGUACAUACUUAAAUUUCUCAAUGCAUACCGAGUUUGAUACACUAAUGUCCAAGUGAAUGAGAAU